UGCGCGCGCGCGCGCGCGCGCGCGCGCGCCUUCUCCCUUGGCCUCCCGUGUCUGUUCGGAAUCAGCUCAGCACGUUCGCUACUUCAUAUAAGCGCCCGCGCGCUACAACAGCAACAACAACAAACGCCGGUCCCCGUCCGGUAGGCGCGAUAUGCGCGGAAAACGAACCGGAGCACGUCUUUAAAAGCCAAAAAAACAAAAACAAACAAACAAACAAUAAAUAAAAAAAUAAUGUUUUUUUAAAAAGUGAGGGGAUGAGUUUUCUCUUGGACACGGUGUUCCGGGUAAUAGCAUUUCAGCGAGAACGUAAACCGGCGCGCGGAGAGAGACGGGAUUCAGAAGACGGCGCGCGCUGCAGCCGCGAGCUCAACGGAAAUAUUAACGGAGAAGGGAGAAGUGAUGCGCUAAGCGUCGCAAACACCACACCGGAAAGUCUGCCGAUGAAGGAAAGAAAACAUUUGCGAUUGGGAAUUAAAGAAUGGCCGCUCCUGAUCUUCUGGACCCCAAAGCUGCUGCUCACAACUCCAAGCCCCGCCUGUCUUUCUCUGCCAAGCCGGUGGUGUUGAACACUCAGGAUGACUUUGAGCCCCGCGUGAGCGUCAUGCGCUGGAAAACCGUGCUCACCGUCUUCCUUCUGGUCGUCCUCUACCUUAUCAUGGGAGCCACCGUGUUCAAGGCGCUGGAGCAGCCGCACGAGAACUCGCAGAAACUCGCCAUCCUCAGCCAGAAGCUUCAGUUUCUCAUAGAUCACCCUUGCGUCAACUCCACCGAGCUGGAGGAGUUAGUGAAGCAGGUGAUGUCAGCCAUCCGAGCGGGCGUGAACCCUUCUGGAAAAUCGUCCAAUGUGACAAGUUUGUGGGAUCUGAGCAGCUCCUUCUUCUUUGCCGGGACUGUUAUCACCACUAUAGGCUUCGGGAACAUUUCCCCUCAUACGGAAGGAGGCAGAAUAUUCUGCAUAGUGUACGCGCUGCUGGGAAUCCCUCUGUUCGGCUUCCUGCUGGCGGGAGUGGGCGACCAGCUGGGGACCAUAUUCGGAAAGGGCAUCGCUAAAGUGGAGAAGAUGAUUGUGAAGUGGAACGUGAGUCAGACGAAGAUCCGUGUGAUCUCCACGGUGCUCUUCAUCCUCUUCGGCUGCCUCCUUUUCGUCACGUUGCCGGCCAUCAUCUUCAAGCAUAUUGAAGGCUGGAGCGCCCUAGAGGCCAUUUACUUUGUCGUCAUCACCUUGACGACCAUCGGCUUUGGCGAUUUUGUUGCAGGUGAGGGCGAACGCCGUCACCACCAGGAGAGCAACGGUGGCUUGGAGAUGGAAUACCUGGACUACUAUAAGCCGGUGGUAUGGUUUUGGAUUCUGGUGGGACUGGCCUACUUCGCCGCAGUGCUCAGUAUGAUCGGAGACUGGUUUCGGGUAAUCUCAAAGAAAACGAAAGAGGAGGUGGGCGAGUUCCGAGCGCACGCUGCCGAGUGGACAGCCAACGUUUCUGCCGAAUUCAAAGAGACGCGUCGUCGCCUCAGCGUUGACAUCUACGACAGGUUCCAGCGUGCCGCUUCCAUCAAGCGCAAGCUCUCGGCCGAGCUCGGCCUCAACAACGUGCCAAUGAACCAGGAGAUGACGCCGGGCAAGCGGGCACGCUCCGUCAACUUAGGAGACGACAGAGAGAUGUAUCCAGCCUUCACGCUAGCACACAACGGCAGCCUGUUCCUCAACGGCCUCAGCCCGGAGUACGCCGACCGCCGUGACAUCGCCAUAAUAGAACACCUGAAAUGAG